AUGGCGGCCAUGGCGGGAGCGCUGGUGCGGGCGGGCCGCGCCCCGGCCCUGCGGGGAUCGCUGCCGCCGCUGAGGGCGGCCCGGGCGCUCCUGGUUUGCAGGCUCAAGUCAUCCGUCAGCUUUCUUACUCGACCAGAUCGACCAAAUAUUGCUUAUCAGAAACUUAAAGGGAGGAAUCCAGGGGUUAUUUUCCUUCCAGGCUUCAAUUCAAAUAUGAAUGGUCAAAAAGCAACUGCCCUUGAAGAUUUCUGCAAAUCAUUAGGUCAUGCCUUCAUCAGAUUUGACUAUACAGGAUGUGGAAGUUCAGAUGGUAAAUUUGAAGAGUGUACAAUUGGGAAGUGGAGAAAAGAUGUUCUGUCUAUACUGGAUGAACUUACAGAAGGACCACAGAUUCUGGUGGGUUCCAGCAUGGGUGGAUGGCUGAUGCUUCACGCUGCGAUAGCACGCCCAGAUAAAGUAGCUGCUCUGGUUGGAGUAGCUGUAGCAGCAGAUCACGUUGUAACAACUUUUAAGAGGCUUCCCAUUGAGGCACAAAAAGAAAUAGAAGAAAAGGGUGAAUGGAAGUAUCGAACAAAGCACAAUGAGGCAGGCUAUUACUCCUUGACCUAUGACUUUAUCAGAGAAGCAGAAAAUCACUGUGUGCUGAAUAGUCCUAUUCCUGUGACGUGUCCUGUACGCCUUAUCCACGGCAUGGAGGAUGGGGAUGUCCCCUGGCAGAUCUCCAUGCAAGUUGCUGACCGUGUUUUGAGCAAAGACGUGGAUGUUAUCCUCCGCAAAAUCGGCCAGCAUCGGAUGAGUGACAAGGAGGAUACAAAGCUCCUUGUGAAUACUGUUGAUGAUCUCAUUGACAAGCUGUCAACAGUAGUAUAAGCUGAAGAGUAGCAUUAGUGCAUGAACUCUACACCUGACUCUUUUCCUUGAGCAACAGAAGCCUUGUUCUUAGAGGAUGGUGGCAGGCCUGUGACUGUCACAGUAGGAACUGAGCUUUAUCUGCUGUUUCCUUACCUCUGUUCCGUAAAUACAGGUAUUGUAUUAUUGCUGCAUUUGCACACAGUCCUAAGUGUGAAGGAGUGCUGCUAUUGUGUUCAGAACUUCUCCUUCACCACUUCAGCCUUUUUUUCCCACAAAUUUCCUACAAUUUUGUACUGACAUGUUGAUUACUUUUUGUUACUAUUGGGCUGUACAGUAAAACUUUGUUUUCACAUCUUUGACACCUAUUACUGUCCUUCUGCUGUAACAUCUUUGUAUCUUAUGUCUGAAACCAUCUGUGCAAGGCAAAAUACAACUUGUUUACUGAAGUUAGUUGUUAGAAUAGUAAAUACCAUGAAACAGAAUAAACAGAUUUCAGAUAAAUGGUUAUUUUGUUCUGAAAUGCUGUUAAAAAGUGGAAGGCACACCCUGAUGGUGUGCUUGGGGUACUACAUAGGGAAGAAUUUGACUUUUAAGAAUGCAGGACCUCAAAGCUUUAAGAGCUCUUUAUCUGUGCUUAUCAGGAAGGUGUGUGUCUUCUCCAGGCUGCCUGUCUGUCAUUGUUCAUUUGUGAGCCUACUGUUAAGGGAGCAAUAAAUAAUCUUGGUGUAAACUGAAA